AUGCCGCCCGUCCACCCGGAUAUUCAUGUCAAUCCCUCUCCGUCCUAUAUGCUCGGCGUAGGACAAGGGACUGAAUAUCAGAAUAUGGCUCUUGGUUAUGAACGCCAGGGCGAUUUUGCCCGUGCUGAGGCCAUGUACCUCCAAGCUAUCCAGAUCAAAGAGACUCAUCUUGGCUUAAAUCAUCCAUCCCUUGCCAUAACUUUAAACUCCCUUGGAGAGCUUUAUUAUCGCAAUUUGAACCGACCAGAUGACGCUGAGCGGGUACUCAGUCGUGCGCUGCAGAUUCGUAGAGAGAUUGAACCUGCUUUCGACGCGGCAGUCACUCGAGAGAAUCUUGGCGCGGUAUAUGAGAUGAAAGGUAACUUGGAGGCAGCAAGGGAGAUGCGUCAACGCGGUCGCCCUCAUCAGGUUGCUUGUGGCAAUUAUGAUUGCACUGGUUCGAUGUACAAUUAUACAAAGAGAGAACUCGCCAAGUGUAGCCAGUGUAAGGUGGAGAUAUGGUUGGCAUCAACACCGUUGUGCUCAUGGUCUGCGACGCAGGCUGCCGACUGGAAAGCUCGUCACAGAAAUUACUGCAAACCUAUGCCCUAG